ACUUCUCUUGCAAGAAACUCUCUGAUCUUCUGGGUCAUGCCUCUGUCCCCCCUGCAGUGAACCAGGUAGAAAUGAAUCCUACAUGGCAACAGAACAAACUGAGGGACCUGUGCAGAGAGAAAGGGAUCCAUGUGGCUGCAUGGUCACCUUUGGGAGCAAAUGGAACUCCAUGGGGUUCACAUAGGGUCUUGACCAACCCAAUUCUGAAAGAUAUUGCCAUGGCCAAGGGGAAGAGCCCUGCACAGGUUUCACUGAGGUGGAUUUAUCAGCAGGGAGUGAGUCCCAUUGUGAAGAGCUUCAACAAGGACAGAAUGAAUGAGAACCUUCAAAUCUUUGACUGGGAGUUGAACGAGGAAGAAUUGACAAAGAUUAACCAGAAAAUUCCUCAAGAGAAAGGAUUAAGAGGAGAAGCAUUUGUUUCUCCAAACGGCCAAUACAAGUCACUAGAGGAACUUUGGGAUGGAGAAGUGUAACAUAUGAUCUUCCCUGCAAGUAUGAACAAGAAGAAAACUUGUGAAAUAAAUAGUUAUUAUAAUAAGAAAUAAAUUCUUAGUUCUCUUGUCAA